AUGGUUUUCGCUAUCUCUUGCUCUUCAAGGUUAUUCUCUGGGACAGCUGGCAACAGACCCCGCCCAACGCAUUUUGUUGCCUUGCGCUUGCCGGACGAGCACCUUUGGCAACAGGUCCAACGGUUACAACAGGAGAUUUGGCCCAGAGCAGCCCGGAUCUGUGCAGAACAGGGUGAUCAGUCGAUCUCGCUGGAGGAUUGGGACUUAGCCUUCCAGAUGGCUCUCUACCCGGCUUCAAGGUUCCACUUUAGCCUUUUUGUCAUUGACUUGAAGAAGGAGGAGCAGCUUCAACUUGCAAAAGAGUGUUUAUCAAGAUGGUUUGGAGAGGAUGUCCCUCAAACCCUUCAGGGACGCAACCAGCUGGAGAUUGAGCUGGCAGAGCUAGCUUGCUUUGACAAGAAGGAGGACGUACUCUUCCUGCAGCCUGAUGACCAAAGUGCCACAGAGAUGUCUGACCUCAACCGGACCCUUCAAGCGCGUUUGUCCACAUGCAUGUUGGCAGAAAAGCAGAGGCCUACGCUUCAGCCUCAUGCGACCAUCAUGAAGAAAAGUCAAGUGGGUCGGAAGCUGGGUCAGAAGCUGGAUGCAAAUCGGGUCAAAUCUAUCAUGAAGACUUUGCGGUUUCCUCGCGAGGCGUGGAGCGAGUACAACAAAAGCUUGGGCAAGUACGCUGCAAGAGAAGUGCAACUCUUGGACAUGAGGAAACCGAAAGACGGUUACUUUGAAGUCGAAUGGGAAGGAAGCUUCCGCUGA